GAAAGUUAUCAGUUGUUUCAUUUCAGAAAUAAAAUAAUAUUACGAAAGAAUGGCCGGAUUAACAGAUCAGCAAUAUUUAGUCCAGAGAGCUAGGGAGGUUAGGGACAAAGAUCCUUAUCAGUCAAAGGCCUGGAUGCAGACUGCUAAUUCUCUUUUUCCCGAUACCUUUUCCAUACAGUUUGAAUCCUAUACUACAGAACGAGAAGCAGGAAAUAUAAAGGAGAGCGCAAGAUGUUUUCAGAAAUUACUCAAGAAAUUCCCCAACGAGGAAACAUUAUGGAGAGAAAUUCAUGUUAUGACAUCAGCACUUAAAACUCAAAAUAAAUUUCAAGGUGGUUCUGGGAAUGAAAGAGAAGAAUUCCUGAUGAAAAUGUACAAAGAGCUCUCGGAGAGUUCACAACAGAGGAUUCUAAUACAGGCAGCGGAAAGAUCGGAGGACACGAUGAAGAAGUGCAACCUCUACCUGAUCCUGAUGAAGAAGUUCCCUGCCCUGAUCCCGACCUACGGGGAGAACCUGAUCAAGUCCUUAAUGCUAGCAGAGAAGGCUCAAGGAGGCACAGAAUCCCCCCUGAACCCCUACAGGAGGGUUCUCAUAGCUGAGGUGCUUCCUUUAGUGCUUGGGAUAGAGAAGGGUGGAGGGGAUAGAAGCGGAGUUCUUCUACCUCCAGCUCUACUACACAGUUUACUUUUCUCCUCGCUAGGUGGGGUUCAAUAAGAAGCGUAAAUUCAA